AUUUCCGUAACUGCAUAAGGAUAUGCCCCUCGGCCAGUUUCUUUCUUUUGUCGUUUGCCAUGAUAAAUUCUCAUCAGUGCAAUACAAUAGCGUUGAAUUGUCCAGUUGAAUGUAGCAUACCCAAUGAAUUGUUUGAAAAGAUUUUUAUCUACGUUGAUGCGUCCACCCUCUACAAACUGAUUCGAGUAUGUCGACUUUUCCGUCUGCUGGCUCAACCUCGACUGAAAGCAUAUGCACAACGCGUCACUGUUCGGUUAUGGAUUUACCAGUCCAAUUGGAUAGCACAUAAACCAUUUGACUUUGAGUGGACAGCUUACAACGCCCUCCGUGGUACGGUGAUGUUCUCGCCCAUGAGAGAGCCCGUGUCUCUGAAAUUUAAUAGUUGCUUGCCACCUCCGCAAAUUGAUGGCUGCACCAUGUUGGUCAGGGAUUGCCAAAGUUGUAGCAUUUACAGCAUUUCGUACAAUGACAAAGUGACGGUGACGCUAGCUGGGCAAGGAGUUCGCACCGCCGGUUAUUCCCCAUCCGCUAAAAAUGACUAUUCCUGGCAACUUGUGUACGACAUCGAUCCCAUCAGCGGUGCAGACAGCAUUCAACGUAUCAGACCACAAUCAUUGGAAUGUGACUUGAACCUACUGGAUCCCUGCUUCCUUGCAAAAAUGGACGCGGCAAGAUGCUUGUGUGCAAGCACUACUGCAUUGUCUAACCGUAUUUGAAAUGUUUAUGGAAAUAAAG